UUAGUGUGAUGGGUGAAAUCUGUCAGUGGCUUGCAGCUUUUCCUAGGGCCAGCCAGCCCUAUCAUUAGCCAGAAUGAAAAUGGUUGUCCCAGGCAGCAGAAGUUGGAUGCUAUGAAUGGAAGAUAAGGAAAGAUGCAUGCACCAGCAGAACUGAGAACUGGAGGAAGUCUCUGAUCAACUCCGUUACUGCUCCUUUGAACUAGGAAACAAGUCUUAAGGCUGUUCCUCCAUCUGUCCAGGCAGAUCCCUCUGUCCCAAGCAGCUCUUACGACCAGGUGUACCAAGGGGUGGAAUGUGGCCAUGCUUUCUGAUGGAUGGACUGUGAGCCUUGGGAUUCUGCUUAUGCUCCAAGGAAUGACGUGUGGGGAGAAGAUAGCAGAAACUGGAUCCUGCCAGCCUCAGCCUUCCUGCCAUGAGUGCAUUCAGUCCCAUCCCAGUUGUGCCUGGUGCAAACAGCCGGAUUUCGUGCAAGCAGGAGAGUCUGAUGCAGAGCGUUGUGCCCCUCGGCCAGAGCUGGAGCAUCGUGGCUGCCUUGCCAGUGAGAUCAUGGAUCCCCAAGGCAAGCAGCAUAUUUUGGAGGACAGGCCUCUGAGAGAAAACAUCUACCAUGAAAACAUCACUCAACUGUCACCGCAAAGAAUAGUUCUUCAGCUUCGGCCUGGAAAGGAACAGAGUUUCACUGUGCGCUUCAAACGGGCUGAGGGUUAUCCUGUGGACCUCUACUACCUCAUGGACUUGUCCUACUCCAUGAAGGAUGACCUGGAGAAGAUCAAGCAACUGGGAAGUGACUUGAUGGCUGCCCUGCGCAAAGUUACUACCUCAGUGAAGAUUGGGUUUGGUGCCUUUGUGGACAAGACUGUGCUGCCUUAUGUCAAUAUGGUUCCUUCCAAGCGGAAACAUCCCUGCCUAAUCCCAAAGGAGAACUGCCAGUCAGCGUUCAGCUAUAGGCACGUGCUCGCUCUGACUGAGAACGCCAGUGAGUUUGAGAGCAGGGUCGGUCAGCAGCGCAUCUCAGCCAACCUGGAUGAUGCAGAAGGAGGCUUUGAUGCUAUCAUGCAGGCAGCCAUUUGCAAGGAGCAGAUUGGCUGGCGUAAUGUGACAAGUCUGCUGGUUUUCACUUCAGAUGGCACUUUCCACACUGCAGGGGAUGGAAAACUGGGAGGGAUCCAUAUGCCCAAUGACGGCCGCUGCCACCUGGAUGCCAAUGGUGUAUACAGCAAAAGUCACCUCUAUGACUAUCCUUCUGUUGGGCACUUGGCUGAAGUGUUGUCCAGAUCUAAUAUCCAGCCCAUAUUUGCCGUGACUAGUUCCAGGCUAUCCUUAUAUAAGGAGCUGAGCAAGCUUAUUCCAAAGUCAGUGGUGGGGGAACUGAAGUCGGACUCCAGAAAUGUGGUGCAGCUCAUAGAAGACGCCUAUAAAAGUCUUGCCUCCACAGUGAAACUGGGGCAUUUCUCAGACCUUCCGCCUGGAAUCUCCAUUUCUUAUGACUCCCAUUGUGGGGACACAGAAACCUAUGGGCAGACAGAGGGUGGAGAAUGCAGUGACGUGUCUGUCAACCAGAUGGUACAAUUCACAGUGAAGAUAAUGGCAACCAUUUGCCUACCUGAGUCCCAGAAGCUGGUGUUGCGAGUAUUAGGAGUGGGAGAGGAGGUCCAAGUAGAGCUGUCAACAGCUUGUGAGUGCCAAUGUGGAGACACCCAGCCUGAUGCACACCACUGCUCUGGUGGACAUGGCAACCUCACUUGUGGCAUUUGCAGAUGUCGUGAAGGCUACGUUGGCCGGCGCUGUGGUUGCAGGAAAGAGGAACUACUUGGGCCAGAAGGUGUGACCCUAGCAAGUGGGCCCUUCUGCAGUUGUGACAACGUUGCCUGCGAACGACAUAAUGGGCAACUCUGUGCAGGUAACGGGCAGUGCAGGUGUGGCCAUUGCCAAUGCCAGGCCAAUUAUACUGGCAGCGCGUGUGAGUGCAGCCUGGAUACCAGUGGAUGCACCCAAGACGGCAAGAUCUGCAAUGGGCAUGGCCACUGCGUUUGCAACCGAUGCCAGUGUGACGUUGGGUGGUUGGGCAGCCACUGUGCUGACCACCAGAUGCCCUGUGAAGUGCACAGGGAUUGUGCCGAGUGCAAGGCUUUUGGGACCGGACCGCUGAGUCAGAACUGUAGCAAUUCCUGCAGCCAAACGGUGAGAAUGUUGGUGGCCCCUGUGGAUGAGAGAUGGUGCCAGAUGAAGGGAGGAGAUGGGCGCCUCCUCAUCUACCUCAUUGAGAAGGACAAGACAGGAAGCAUCCUUCUGACGGUGAAUGACCGAAAGGUGCCAGAUUCUACCAGGCAGCCGAACCUGAUGCCAGCGUUAAUGAGUGCGCUGAUGGUGGUGAUCAUAGGGGGGUUUCUCAUUGCCCUGUCCCGUGGCGUUGUGGAGAUCUGUGACCGGAGAAAGUUCAGACGCCUUGAAAAAGAACGAAAAAAUGCCAUGUGGCCUCAGAUGAACAACGUCAAGUUCAAGAGCGCCACCACAAGAGUCACCAAUAAAGGAAAAUAUUUGUAGCCCAGGGUUGAAAUGAGGGGUCCUUGGUGCUCCCUGAGCUUGCUUGUUUUCUUCCAGAUGUUUCAUUACCCUAACUAGGUAACAUCAUCAGUGCUAGUAAGGAGUGCAGUUUGCUGUCAGCUUAUAUUCUGGCAUUUUGCCCGUCUGUGUGAGGGGUGAAGGUGCAGUCUUAGGGAUUCUUUGGUUGGGCUGUUUACUGAUGGCUCUUUGGCAGUUUCUUGAUUGGGGUAUUGCUUACUUGAUUAUUGGUUUGAAGUUGACUUUGGAGUUAAUCUAUGCUGAUCUGAAUGCUGAUUAAUGGUUGAAAGGUGCUGGAGUCUUUUUCUCUUUUGGGGUGGUUGAUUGUUUUGCAUAGUCUGUAGAAGUUGUUAAUGCCUAUGUGUCUGUUGAUGGCUGAUUUGUUAGAGUGCCAGUCUUCUAGAAAUUCCCUGGCAUUUUUGGACUUGGUCUGAUCUAGGAUUGUCACAUUUUCCCAAUGGAAACUAUGAUUAAAUCUUUUCUACAUGUUGUGAAAUUAAAGAAUUUUUAUCAUGUCUUCCGACGAGCCAGUUGGUGUUCUGCCAGUCUUCUGCCUGUUUGUCCUACAUAGUGGUUGUUGCAAUUCUUACAUUGUGCGUUGUAGAUGACUCCUGUUUUUUCUUCUGGGAUUGCUGGGUCUUUUGGUUUGCUUAGGAUGUUUUGAAGGGCUUUAGUUGGCUUGCGUGCUAUGCUGAUUCCAUAUGGUUGUAAUAGUCUAUUUGUGGUUUUUGAGAUAUUCUUGAUGUAUGGCAGCAUAGUUUUUUUAGGGCUUGUAUUGGUUGUGCUGUAUUGGGUUGAGUGGUCAGAGACCUUUUGAUAAAGUUGCACGAGUAUCCAUUUUGUUGGAAUGUGUUGUAUAGAUGCUCCAUUUCCUUUUUCUGUUCUGGGUUACUGUGGUGUGAUUGGGCUUGUUUAAAUACAAUACAGUCCUUACACAGCUUCUCUUGUGGGAGUUUGGGUUAUUGCUUUGGUAGUGGAGCACCGAGUUAGUAUGGGUGGUUCUUCUGUAGACUUGUGUUUCUAGUUUGCCAUUGUGCUCUCUGCUGAUCAGGAUGUCCAGGAAGGGUAGCGAGUUGUUUUCUUCUUCUCUAGUAAACUGGAUUCCUUUAAAAAUAUUAUUGAUGGUUCUAUGGGUGUUCUCUAAUUGGUCCUUUUUUAUUAUUAUUAUUACAACAGUCAUCGACCCCCAGUACAAUGGUUAUGAAAACAUUGCAAACACAACUUGACAACACUGUGCCAACAGCUGAAGAUACUGUAUGUCUUUGGAGGAGAGACACCUGCAUGAGAAUUUCCCCUGAGCAAGCCCUAGAUGUAGUUCGACCUACAUCACCAGCUAAUCUCAAAUGGGUUCGAAAUAAUGAAUCAACAUGUCUGGCAAAAUCUCAAAGUGGUCAACCAAUAAAACCUUUAUUGUACUGUG